AUUGGGUUUGUACAAUGGAAGAAGAUAGAAAACAAGAAGAAAUAAAAGACAGUUUCUUUCUAUAAACUUGAGUGUCAGAGAGUAGGGCAUCCAUGAGCAAUCACGCCUGGAGCUGUGGGACAUUUGGNGCUAGGGAUACAUCUAAGAACUGGAAGUUGGUUCCCUCUGAUGCAAACCGUUUCUCUCUCAAAGAGCCAUCGGCAAAUGUAGUCUUAUUGGACUAUAUUGCAACUGAGAAGUGGAAUGGAAUUGUAGAUUUUGAUGAUCAUUUGGAUGACAUUAGCAAGGAUUGGCUCAACCCAGGGCUGUUCAACUGAUCCCACCACAUGUCUCCAUUUUGCACGAUUUACUUUGCAAGUGGAGGAUGUUCAGACUUAUAUUGUGGUGCAAAUGUUGGAUCGUCAACAAUGAACAAUUAGGGACUAUAAAUUUGACUCAGGGAAGUUGCUUCAUGAAGAUUUUUCAGUUGCAUAAACAGGAUAUUUACUACCAGUUCGAAAAGGAUUUUGGUUGCAGAGCCUUUUUUGUUUUUUUAUUCUUGGGUGUAGGUAUACUAUAGUGGAGUUUGUUUGCAUAUCUGCGAAUUGUGAUGUUGUCUUUCUUGGUAUAAACAACAUAACCAUCACGUCCAUUAUCUAAGGCCAUGUUUGGGGUGGUUGUCUGUUUUCACUUUUUAUUUAUAAAUGAGUUUUAAAAUGUUCUAAU